AUGAACUUGAGGUGUACGACGUUGACCGUUGACAGGUGCACUCCUCGUGACCGUUUCGCGAGAGUCGCCCAGAUAUCGUUCCCAACAUCUAUCAGGACAAGCAUUGACGAUUCAUGCCUUGACUCCCCCCUCUCCCCGUUCUACUCUCCCACCGGAGAGUCCUUUGCUCGCCCCCGAGCGAGUUCGGAGGCGUUCAGAGGACCACAUUCGCCAAUCCACAAUACUCGCUUCGCAUGCCUAUUCCCAGAUUACCGCUACGAUCACCCUGACCCCCCACGCUCACCGACGCCUAUCGAUUCCUUCCACCCGCCGAGUCCGCCUAUGCACGCUUUGAAAGCUCUCGUAUAUACUUCACACGAGCCGCCAAGCCCUGCACUUACCUCGGAUCUCUCGAGUCCUACUGUCGCCGAUCCUGUCCCGGUGACCCCAGGAUUUGAACCAUCGCACCCUAUAUGGAUUUUUGACAGCUCGUUACGCGAAGUAGACUUUGACGUUACCUGUCUAAACGCUCUAGACGAACAGCUUCUGCACGCUCCAAAGGACUGCUUCUUGGAUAUCUGUUGGGCAGAAGCUGUGUAUGACGAGGAUGAGGAUGAAGAAUUGCAUCCCGAGCUGAUGGAGAAGCCCUGGGUGAGGCAAUCCCAACCAGAAAGGGCAACCGAUUCGGAACAGAUGCGCCCAGAUCCUAUCAUGAUGCGGGUGGAACGCAAACCUUCGUUCCUUCCUUCCCCUGAAUCAUACGCGGCACAAACUCCCCAGCGCGUGAUGUUUGCGGCGUCUGAGUCACGUAUGUUGUACCAGAACGCGAAUCACUCGGUGCACUUCUUCCCCGUGCCGCAGCAACGCGACUCCCGCCGCAAAUAUAUGGCAGAGGACCCGCCUGAUAUUCGUUCCGGGAAGCUCAAGCUCUUCUCGGACGCAUACGACACGCUCACUGGACGGCGGCGUACUACAUCCAACUAG